AUGCCUGGGACGGUGAACAGCGUGGUCAUCAUCCAUGGCCUUAAUGGUCAUGCUCAAAGGACCUUCACUCAUCCAGAGACCUUUGUAUACUGGCCACAGGAUAUCUUGCCUGAAAAGGUUCCUUCAGCUCGUGUUCUAACUUACGGGUACAAUUCCUCGACUAAGAAUCUUGUAGAAGGGCAAAAUGUGCUGGACAUUGCUCUUCAGCUCAUGGUCAAUCUCAAGGAUUUCCGCAGGGAGAAAGCAGAGCAGCACCGCGAUAUGCUCUGGAUAUGUCACAGUCUUGGUGGUAUCAUAGCCAAGAAAGCCAUCCUACUUCACCAAUCAUCCGAUGAAGGUAAGGCAAUCCGUAACAGCAUUGUCGGCAUCAUGUUCAUGGGCACGCCACAUUGUGGGAGCGAUCUCGCAAAGAUCGGCACCGUUUUCGCCAAUAUUGCGUCGAUGGCCAUCGAGAUGCCUAAAUUUUGGCUCAAGACUCUUUCCAAGAACUCUGCGGCCUUGUAUGACAUCUCAAGAGAGUUUGCUACUGUCACGUCCGAUCUAAAGUUGAAGCUCAUCAGCUUCUACGAGCUCAAUCCCUGCUCACCUCCUUGGUGGAAAGGAGCUUCGGUAAUUGUAGUUGAUAAACGCUCCGCAAUUCUCGGUCUGCCUGGGGAAGAGAUCAUCGCAGCGCAUGCCAAUCACCGCGAGAUAUGUAGAUUCACUGGAGAAGAUGACCACGGUUUCCGAGCCGUCUGGACACGGAUUGAUGACUUUGCGAAGGAAGCUGCACGCAAAUUUCACCAGCGAGAAGCUAUCUCAGAACGUUGUAAGACCUUCAACAUUAAGGUUCGGGAGUCUUUAGGAAAAGAAGGCGAUGUUCAGGCCGAUCUGAUCCAAACCCCAAUCUCGAAAAGUAAGGACCGCGUCGGUCGUCACAAGCAUUGGAAGGUGCCAUUCUUUCCAUGCGCUUCAUUCACCGGCAGGAAUGCACUUCUGCAGCGGAUAUUGGACUAUUUCAUGAACCACAAGUCCGAAACUCAGCGACGAUUCGCUAUAUAUGGUCUCGGAGGUGUCGGCAAAACACAGCUCGCUUUGACGUUUGCAUUCCAGCAGCGAUCUAAAUAUUCCGGUGUCUUCUUUCUUGACGCAGACUCCGAGACGACUCUACAUGAAGACUUCUCUAAAAUUCAUGACGAUCUUGAUCUUGGCUGUCCAAAGGAUAAGAUUGGUGCAGUAAAAAGAUGGUUUGAUAUGGAGGACGAUGUCAACUGGCUUCUAAUUUUUGAUAAUGCUGACGAACUGGAAUCAUACCAGCUGACAGACUACUUUCCACUAUCUAAGGAAACUCACAUCAUUUUGACAUCGCGAGAUCCAAAUGCUGCUGAGCUGACAUCGGAGGGCCUACUUCUAGAAAUGAUGGAGCCUGAAGAAUCCAAGGCGCUGCUCAUUUCCCGCGCUACAUUGUCAAAUCUAUCAGCUAAGGAUUUGCGAGAUGUCGAUCACAUUGUGGAGGAGCUCUCUCAUUUGCCACUGGCCAUAGACCAAGCGGGAGCUUACAUUCGCACUCGAAAAUGCUCGCCGGCGGCGUACAUUCGACUAUUCGAAAGCCAGAGAGAGCGGAUCCUAAAGUUUUCGCCAAAGCUUUCAUCAUAUAAUAAAUCGGUCAUUACAUCUUGGGAAGUCUCCUUUCAACGUCUUGAGGCUGAUAUGAAGGUUGCUGCAGAAGUCUUCCUGGUAUUUUGCUACCUGGACUCUAAGCGAAUCUCGGAAGAAUUACUCACUGGUGUGGCUUCUCCUGUGCUGAAGAUGGACGAGGAUGGCAAUGAGCAAGAUACAAUCGCUGAAGACAAUGGCGUGCAGGGUGAUCUUGUAGACUUGAUGACCAACGAGGAUGACUUUGAUUCGGUGAUUGAAAAGAUGUUGUCCCUUUCGCUGAUCCAACAGUAUACCGAAAGUACUGGAAACAAAGACGUGCAAUUCGGAAGACUUACUCGCUCUCACUUAGAUCGGUGCUUUCACUAUGUUGACAAGCCACUCGAGUUCGGUGACGACCUAUCCAAAGUAGCGAAGAAGCUUCUCCUCAUUAUUUAUUCCAUUCGCACAAUCCAAAUGUUUGGUUUAAAAAUUGUCACCACAGAAUCCGACAGGCGUCUCUUGAAAAUUGCGGACAGUCUUCUUCAGAAACAUGCGGACCCCUAUCUUGACAUCAUGGGGGUAUUUGUUCGCACCAGACAGCUCAUUAAAGAUCAUCCGGAUCAACCAGAAAAGGUGGAAAUGCUUCUAGAAGAAUAUUUCCAGCGCUCAGGCACUACGAGUGGUAUAGAUCUGAACAAUCCAGGCCAAAAGGGCCGAUUCAAUGCCGCCUUGGGUGAUCUUCGUAAUUUUAGGGCAAGCAUCCGACAAAGACUCAACCGCAAUGAUUCCCCAGAUAUGCUUUUACAAGACUGGAGCCCAGUCAUUGUAGGGCACCCGUCGACCCUCGAGCGGAAUGCCAAAUGGUGGAUCGACAGGAACGUUGGCACUUACUUAGUAGAAGAAAGCCGCUAUGACGACGCCGAGCAAUUGCUCCUAGGACAUGUCUCAGAAUUUGCAAAGUGCGACAUGGAGGGUACAGAUGAGCAUCUAGCCGGAGCCGACCGACUGGCCCGUCUUUACUAUGUCAAAAGAGACUGGCCAAAGGCAAGAGACGCAAUCCAGCGACCUGUUGAAAUAGCCAAGAGCAUUGGUCGAGAGAUCGGUAGCUGGCAUGUAUUACACUCUAAAGUGGUUUUACAGGAGAUUCUUGUCAAUGGAGGAUGGUUCGUGGACGCAGAAUGCCUUAUUGACGACCUGACACCAAUUCUAAAAGAAAUGGCCUUGCCAGAUGUCACUGCCGGGCCUCUCUUUGUAGGAAUGUGUCUGAAGGCUCAAAUAGCGCAUGUACGCGAGGAUUGGACCACAGCAACUGAGCUGUGGCGCCAUGCUCUCACUCUAGGGAGGAGUGUUGGGUGGCCAGAAGAAGUGGGACUGGCUCUACCUAUAUGUUCACUCGAUGCACUAGGUUGGGAAGUGGGAAAGGAAGCGCGAGACGAGGCAAGUCUAGCAGAAUGGAAGAGAAGACUGUUUGCUAGAAGGAUGGAAGCUGGUAAAGAAGAGGACUUUCUUGACGGGUUUGGCGAGGCUUGGAAGGAAGAGCUGGUGAAGAGAGUAGAGAGGCUGAGAUAG